AGUGCAUGUCUGUCAGCCGCAGGAACUCUAAUCAAAAUGGCGGACGAAGAAGAAGAUGAAGAUGUUUGUGAUAGUUGGGAGGAUAUGGCCGAUUCUGGGGAGCUUGAGAGGAGAAUGGAAGAAAGAAACAAGCUUCAGAUGAAAAAAGAGAGCAAAGCAUUGACUAGUGAUGUAAAAGUUUCUGUUGUGAUACAAGAUGAUACCAACAGAACACAGUAUAAACCACAG